AUGAUUUCACAUGGGGAUGAGUAUACGCAUUCCGAUCCUAAUACGAUUCCAUCGAUCGAAGAGAGGAUAAAGGAGUUAAAAUUGGCCAGACAGAAGGCCAUGGAUAGGUCGAAGAAAUGCCAUGAGUCGUCUAAAAAGCGAUACGAUUUACGUAAGAAGCCGGGUAGAUUUUCCGUGGGUGACGUGGUCUACAGGCGAUCCUUUGUGUUGUCUGAUGCCAAUAAAAAGAUUCAGGCGAAAUUUUGUCCAUGGGUGAAGAGCAAGGUGUUGUCCGUUCACGGACAAACUUACGAGUUGGAAGACCUGAACACUCAUCGCAAGGCAGUAUUCCACCGUAAGGACAUCAAGCCAGGUUAA